AUGCCUACAUUCGCGGGUAGAAUUAAUCCGGAUGCCUAUCUCGAUUGGGAGAGGCGGAUGGACAAUAUUUUCGAAUGUUAUGAGUAUUCGGAUCAGAGAAAGGUUAGAUACGCAGCGGCAGAACUCACCGACAACGCCUUAGCAUGGUGGGAUCGAGAAAUAGCCGAGAGGCGUAGAGCACAAUACGAACCUGUCACAACAUGGAGAGAGAUGAAGUUCAUGAUGCGUAAGAGGUAUGUACCUCCCCAUUUUCAUCGUGACUUGCAACGCAAAUAUCGUAACUUGGUGCAGGGAACUAGAACCGUUGAAGAAUACUAUGAGGAGUUCGAGCACCUACGAAACCGAUUGGAGUUAGAUGAAAGCGAAGAAGCGAUUAUGGCACAAUUUGUGGAUGGAUUGCAGGAGCGAAUUGCUCGAAAGGUAGAACGUUUAGCUUACCAUGAUUUGCAGGAACUUAUCCAUAUCUCAAUCCAAAUCGAGCAGCAAAUCGCCAAGAAGCAAGCUCGUUUUAAUCGAGCAAGAACAAACUCUUCGAACCAAUCGUAUACACGCAGUGAGAACAAGUCCGGAACUGUUACAACAACCAAAUCAACCCAAUCCGAGGCAAAUAUCCAUGACAAAGGGAAAGGCAUAGCAACAUCUUCGGGAUCAGGCCUUAAAGGUAAUAAAUCAACUCCCGUUGAAUUACGUUCACGUGAGAUUGUUUGCUACAAGUGUAGGGGACGAGGACAUUAUGCAAAGGACUGUCCAAACAAUCGUGUCAUGAUCCUUACGGAUACGGGAGAUUAUGAAUCCCUGGACGAAGAGGAGGUUGCUGAUACUGAGGAGAACAUAGAGUAUCCGGACAGUGGAGAACUCUUGGUCACAAGGCGAGUUUUGAGCACGAUGACAAAUCCGGAAGAAACCGCCCAAAGAGAAACAAUCUUCCACAGUCGAUGCACUAUUAGAAACAAGGUAUGUGGCCUAAUCAUUGAUAGUGGUUCAUGUACUAACGUUGCAAGUGCAUACAUGGUUAAGAAGCUGGGAUUGGAGACCGAGAAACAUCCACACCCGUAUAAGCUUCAAUGGCUCAACAACCAAGGAGAACUCAAGGUAAAUGGGCGGGUCAAAGUGUCAUUUAGCAUUGGACGUUACCAAGACGAGGUGAUGUGCGAUGUUGUGCCAAUGCAAGCGGGGCACAUACUCCUUGGACGCCCUUGGAAAUUUGACCGAGAGGUGAAACACGACGGUAGGACCAACCACUACUCUUUUAUAUUCAACAAGCGUAAGAUAUCGUUGGCUCCUCUUAGUCCGUCACAGGUUCACGAGAUGCAAGUUAAACUCUCCAAAGAAGGAGACAACAACAAAAAGCCGAACUUCUACAUGAAACCAAGCACGGUAAGUAAAGCUCUACUAGAUGAACGUUUGGUUUUACUAAUGUUGUACAAGGAAGUGUUGAGCGCAGGUUCGAAUCAGAUUGUGUAUCCCCCAGAAAUUAAGAAACUCCUAGAGCAUUUUCAAGACGUUUUCCCCGAGGAACCACCUGCGGGAUUACCGCCAAUUCGCGGGAUCGAACACCAAAUCGAUCUUGUGCCGGGAGCACCACUUUCAAACCGUCCCGCUUACCGUAUGAACCCCGAGGAGGCUAAGGAACUCCAAACGCAGGUACAAGAUUUAUUAUCUAAGGGUUAUAUACGUGAAAGCUUAAGUCCUUGUGUAGUGCCCGUUCUACUCGUGCCAAAGAAGGAUGGGACAUGGCGUAUGUGCGUGGAUUGUAGAGCGAUAAACAACAUCACAAUCAAAUAUCGCCAUCCAAUGCCACGACUCGAUGAUAUGUUGGAUGAGUUAAGCGGAGCAACCCUCUUUUCAAAAGUUGACUUGAAGAGUGGUUAUCAUCAAGUCCGCAUUCGAGAAGGAGACGAGUGGAAGACCGCAUUCAAGACGAAACAUGGGCUGUACGAAUGGCUUGUCAUGCCUUUCGGACUCACCAACGCUCCUAGCACCUUCAUGAGACUUAUGAACCACGUACUUCGCGCCUUUAUCGGUUUUGUUGUAAGCUCGCAGGGAUUAAGCGUAGACGAGGAGAAGAUCAAGGCUAUUCGGGAAUGGCCAACCCCUACCACCCAUCUCAAAGGCCAAUCUACGCUCAAAAGGAGGCAUGCUAAGUGGUUGGAGUAUGUCGAGACAUUUCCCUACGUGAUCAAGUACAAAAAGGGAAAAGACAAUGUGGUGGCCGAUGCGUUGUCAAGGCGGCAUGCUUUGAUUUCGAUCAUGGAGGCUAAGAUGCUUGGAUUUGAACACAUCAAGGGGCUGUACCGUGAUGAUUCCGAUUUCGGAGAUAUCUACGAGGAGUGCGCUAAGGGAGCUCAUGGAUCAUUCUAA